UUAUACUGAUAAUUACAUCCUCCAGAUGAUCGGUCGUGCCGGACGCGCAGAGUUCAGUGAGGAUGGUGUUGCGGUCAUACUAACGACCGAUGCAAAUCUAUCACGCUAUCAAAAGAUUGUUACCGAAACGAUUCCGAUCGAAUCGCAGCUUCACCAGAAACUUCCCGAAUUGCUCAAUUCCGAGAUUGCGCACGGAAUCAUCUACGACCAGCCAGCCGUAAUGGAGUGGAUAAAGUCCACGUUUUUCUACGUCCGCGUACGGAUAAACCCAGCACACUAUCAACUGUCCGGCGGGCGACUUAUCGAAGAGGAAGUAGAAAAACUAUGCAGCGACACGAUUGAGUCACUCGAGGCGAAUGAAUUGAUUGCAAAGCAACGCUCCAAUACGAUUGUAUCAUCUGCUUGCGGUCGGCUGAUGGCACGCAAUCAACUAUCCUUUCAAACGAUGAAACUGCUUCAGCAGGACAUGAAGGGUAAGGAAUUGCUGGACGAAAUGCUUGUCCUUAUAACACGGGCUAACGAAUUCAGUGAGUACAAGUGCCGACAGGGUGAGAAAAAGAUUCUAAACACUCUGAACGGACCUACCAUUUCUGCCUCGUACUGUGAUGGUGGAGACGAUCUAACGGGAGGAAUCCGGUUCCGCUGGCCCAGACGCAUCAGUACGACCGGGGCCAAGGUAUACUGCUUGGUGCAGGCUGUAUUUGGGAAUCUCACCAUAAACGAUCACGGUUUACACCAGGAAGCGGCUAAAAUCGUGACACUAGGUGCAAGAAUUGCUCGAUUUAUUGUUGGACUACUAACUGCAAACCGAGACCAGUUCGAAUCUGGCAACUUCCGGGCGCUGGUCAGCGUUACAACGUUGCUCCAGUGCUUUCAAACGAAACUUUGGGAGAACAGCCCUUUUCUGACGAAGCAACUCGGACAAAUUGGUCCAAGGCUCGCGCGUCACCUAGCGGAUCGUGGAAAGGUAACAUUCCAAGCCUUACGCAACUCAGAUCCACGGGAAAUUGAGUGCAUCCUGAAAAAGCAACCGCCGUUUGGUAACGAUAUUGUAAACUUUGUUAGCGGUUUACCAGAAUUUACAAUUCAAUUGAAGAAGACCGAUGUUGACCCACCGUCCUUUACAUGUACAGUCGAGCAGAAAAAUGUAGACUAUGAUCCGGAGAUAUCGGUAAGCUUCAGUGUGCUAGUGGGAGAUUCGGCCAACAGAGUAUUAUUGCAUCUGGACAGCUGUACGUUGGAGAACAUUCCUGUGAUGGGUUGUACAUGGCCUUUGGCGGUGAAAGACACUACGGUUGAAUCACUUUCGGCCUACCUUAUCUGCCAGAACUGGACCGGAUUAGACUGUUCGCACACACUAUGGCUCGUUGAGCAACCGGUCAUCGUCAAACAUCGUCAAACCGCUAUAACAAACUUCUUUCCAAACACUUCAGUAAAUGAAUCUUCAUUUUCUGUCGACAAACUUGCUUUGCCGUCUGCACUGGAGUUAUCCCGAAUGCGCUUAAAUGUAUCAAAAGCCAAUGAUUCAUCGUUCUCGAUGGGUAACCAUUCCGUAUUAGAUGAGUCCCGGUACACAUCGAACGAUUCCAAUCAAAAGAAUUCUAGUACCUGUUAUAUGGCAACUUUUAACACUAAAAUUGCUGACAAAAGUACAGGAGUAGCUGAAAAGGAAUCCGGGUUACCUAAAAUGGUUGAAGGCUUAAACAACGCGACGUUGGAUUAUAAACAAAUUAAUUGGCCAAAACCACUUCGAUCCAUUUUAAAACCUGCCUCAUCUGUACUUCCCGACAAACUCCAUACCUUUGCACCGUUAAAUAUUUCCGUUGGUUCAACAAUCGGAAACAAUCAAACUCACUUGAAACAGCAAGACAAAAAAUCAACUGUAAAACUAUUAUUCCGAAAUGAUGAGCUGCAGUACAUCUUUCAGCCGGAACGAUGCACGCUAAAUUUCAAACUCUGUAGUCCGGUAGACGAUAUUGUCGAUUGCUUCAGAAGGUAUAACUUAUUUAUGGCCGAUCGCAAAACACUACCCAAUCUGCCACCGGCGACACAAGAAGUAGCGGAGUUUGAUAAAGUUGUACGAAAAAAGAAAAACUUUGAUCUAGGAUCUGCCUGCGACGUUUUUUGCUCCGAUGACGAGUGACUUCGAAAGAAUAAUGAAAAUUAUUUGACUAUUUAACCUGUCAAACACAAACAUUCACAAAACAUACACCUAAGUUAAGUAACUCAAGC